UUAUGCUCGCUUCGUACGGAUUGGUUUAAGUGUCGAAGACGGUGUAUGGUGCGCUAACUUACUUUUAAACUACUAUAUUGACAAAAAAUUUCAGAAUAUUUCCAAAAAAUAAUUCAAUAAAUGUGGCAAAGAUUAAUAAUAUAUGCACACAAAUUGUAAAUAAAUUGACUACAUAAAUAGGUGUGUUGAAAUUUAUGUGAAUUAAGAUGCAAGUGUGCAGACAAAACAGGAUUGUGUAAUUUCACAAAGAAUUUUUGGUCUUUUUUUUGUGUUGAGUAGAGGCCACAGCAGAGACAAAGGCAACGGUGACGACAACUACGCCGAAAAUAUUCGAAUUUCAGCAUUUAAAAUAAACGACACACAAUGGUAAUAGGAAAUCAAGAUACUGGUGGGACUAACAAUGGGUCCCAUCCAUCAGGUAUUCCACAGGACCAAAUCGAUAAUAUAAUGAGUGGUAUUGCCAAUACAGGAGAUGUAAAGAUGAACAAUCACAGAAAAAAGUUAAGACAAAGAUUCGAUAUAAUAAAGAAACUAGGACAAGGAACGUAUGGUAAAGUACAGUUAGGUAUUAAUAAAGAGACUGGACAAGAGGUUGCUAUAAAAACCAUAAAGAAAUGUAAAAUUGAAGCAGAGUCCGAUCUAGUACGUAUACGAAGAGAAGUACAGAUUAUGAGUUCUGUACAGCAUCCAAACAUUAUACACAUCUAUGAAGUAUUUGAAAAUCGUGAAAAAAUGGUUCUAGUUAUGGAGUUCGCUGCUGGCGGUGAACUGUAUGAUUAUCUUUCCGAGCGCAAAGUUUUGAAUGAAGAGGAGGCCCGUCGAAUAUUUCGGCAAGUAGCUACAGCUGUUUAUUAUUGUCAUAAACAUAAAAUCUGUCAUCGAGAUUUGAAACUGGAAAAUAUUCUGUUAGACGAGCAUGGUAAUGCGAAGAUUGCUGAUUUUGGUCUAUCGAAUGUAUUCGAUGAGCAAUGUUUGCUGGCGACAUUUUGUGGUUCUCCACUCUACGCUUCACCUGAAAUUGUUGAAGGCACUCCAUACCAUGGACCUGAAGUCGAUUGUUGGUCUCUAGGUGUCCUUCUUUAUACUCUAGUCUAUGGAUCAAUGCCAUUUGAUGGAUCGAACUUUAAAAGACUUGUUAAACAAAUUAGCCAAGGGGACUAUUAUGAACCAAAGAAACCCUCCCGAGCAUCUUCCUUAAUCCGUGAGAUGCUUACGGUAUGUCCCCGAAAACGUGCUACAAUUGAACAGAUAUGUUCUCAUUGGUGGGUCAAUGAGAAUGAUAAUGUAUCUUGCUUGGAAUUAGCUGAGGAUCUAGCUAAUCAAACACCAGUGCGUCUAGAUGUUCUCUUGUCGUUGACGCCCGUGGCUAUAACAGCGGAACAGUUGGUGGUACCUUCAGCUGAUGGUGGAAAUUCAGUGGGAAAAACUGCUGUCAUUCCACGUAGCCAUUCGGUCGGUUCAAUACGCGAUGUAGUUCCUAAUACGGAAGCUGAACGUAGAAUAUUGGAUAUGGUUGCAGCUGGCGGCGAAGCAGCUCUUAUGCCUUCUCCCACACGCACCAUCACUCCUGCACAAAGUCCACUUCAGACCAAACGAAAACUCGAAAACACCAUAUCAACAGACAAUGCAAUAGGCGUAGCUUUAAAAAAGAAAGAUAAGACCGAAGAGAGUGCUUCGAACUUGUUGGCGGAUGAAUCAGUAUCGGGAGCAACUGCAAACUCCGGGUCAAGAGCAACGACUUCUUUAGUUGAAGAAACAAUACCUAUGGAAACGGAUGAGAUGUCGGUAAGGGAAGGAGGAGCAGCUAUUUCAAGUAUUAAGUCGAAUACAUCGCAAAAUUUUUCAACGAAGGACAUGGAAUUGGUUGAUGUCUUGUGCGAACAGUUAAUAAAAGAUAAAUCGAGGGCAGAUACCAAUAUUGGCAAAGAAAAGGUUAAUGUUAUGGAAAAGGUAGCAGAUAAUAAUAUUGAUUCUAUGGAUGAUUCUCCCGAAAAGACAAAGGGUGCAACAAAAGUGAUAAAGAAAUUUGUGAAUAAACAUAAAACGGCGGAUCUAGUCAACGUCAUUGGACAAAUUGAUCCAGACGAGCCGAAAUCAUUGAAAAAUCAAAUUACUCCCGAAAGUAUUGUUUCUAAAGUGGCAACUGGAGGUCACCAAUUCGUUCGUAAGUGUAGUUUACAAGAUGAAUCUCCACUGAAUAAAUUCAACGCUGAACGCAGAAAAUCUCGUAUUCUCGAGACAGCUGAAAAAUUUCAACAAAUGAAUGCCUCUAACGCGAAUACAGGAGAAAAGGGUAAGAAAUUAAUUAUUCCGGGUGUUAGCGUUGGUAAUUUUAAAAAGGAGUACGAACGUAAAGCUUCUUCUGGUACUGCAAAUCUUGGACAACAGCUCACGGCUGGAGAACGCCGUGCUCUUGAACAAGUUGCUGCUGCAGCUGCUGUCGCAACUACCACUGAGGAUGAUGAAAGCACUCCAUAUGAAAGCUCUGAUGCAGUUGCUGUAGAACCCAGUGACUCAAAAGCAUCUGUAACAUCCUUUUCGUUGGAGGAAGCCCGACGUUCGAUGGAAAACUCAAUUGCAUUGUUGCGUCAAGCUCAAACCGAGUCCUCCAAAGAUGUCAACCAACUAUGUGCCAAAACGGAAAAUAUACAUGUCAGUGACUCUCAGACUCCCAAAACAGCAACCGAUCGGGAGCGAAAGCUGAUGAAUGCUCGUGCGAUUAUUGGAAAUGCAAUUCAACCAGUUUCUCAAGGGCCAGGCGAUUCUCCAUCGGCGGGUACAAUGAAAACAUCAACAGCAUCUAUAACACUCAAGUCGGCAACUUUGCCGCGUCGGAAAACCGCUAAAACGGAAAUUCAGUUGGAUAUUAAACCACCUAUAGCCGAACAGCCAUCAAUGCGUUUUACAACAGAGAUGCAGCACCCUGUUGCUGAUCUACGCAGCGCUCCUCCACGAGAAGGUCCAGUUCCUUAUAGUCCCAUUAAGACAAUGACAAGUCAAAGAGCUUCAAGCUUAGAACCCAAAGAACAUGUUAUACCUAUUCAGAGACCACCUUCAACCUACGCCCGGACAAUUUCAAAUACCACAAAUAGAUCUGGCUCUUUGUCUCGCCAGUCUACCAAUGAUUCUGAGUCAGACACAACUACCACAAAUAUGUCUCAGGCGACAAUAACUGGUUCCUCACAGCCCAUUAAAAAGAGUCCCCGAGAGUUCAUAAUACCCAUUGCUGUAGAGGGCGGCGGAUUUAUUACGCCCCGUGAAGGUAGCAUAGAACCAUCAGAAUCCAGCCAUACAACAGCUACCACAUCAAGUCGGUCAACAUUUGCACGCUUGCGCCCAACUCGUCGUAUAGGAUCACUGCUUAGCGAAAGUGGAGUCGAUGAUGUUUCGCCAUUCCAAAAAUUGCGCACGUCGUCUUCUAUUCGCGAUGGUGAUGAUGAUACACGUUUUACUCUACACAAACUUAGGAGCUCAAGGCCAGUAAAGAAAAUAAGCCAAGAAAAUGAUUCUCAAAGUUCCGGAGAGGAAGAUGACGAUGAUGGUUUUGAAAUUUUAACUGCGGAAAAUCUUUUCUCAACACUUUUGCAGCGUGUCCGGGCCCUCACCAAUCGCAUGAACGUAAACAAUGAUAUUACUACUGCUUUUCCCAGUUCAAGUCGUCUUCUAAGCAAUAUGAGGCAGACACAAAGUCCUUUUUGGAAUCAAGAGCCAUUUGGCAGAUCUAAAGUGAGUUACACGUACAGUGAAACAAUUGAGAAAAGACAAGUCAGACUUAACAGCACUGCAAUGAAUGCACCAUGGCGCCACAGUAUGUCUCGUGAUUUAGGCAGUGACAUGGAUUCCAUGUUUUCACGUACUGGCGCAACACUGCCAAGAGGUGAAUAUCACAGAUUAAAGAGCAAUAAAUCUUCAGAAAUAAAGAUAAACAAAAAAUCCAAUGCUUCCUCCACUGGAAGUGCUGGCGAUGAUAUGGAAGAACCUCUCGACUUGGCUGAUUUGGAUUUAUCGCGACUACGGUUAAGUAAGAAAGAUCUUGAAACCUUAUCAAAUAUUGCACCUGGACUUCCAAAAUGCUUUCAAGAGCAAUUAUUAGCAAAGCUUCCGCCUACUCAGGCCCGCAAAUUGUCACGAACACUAAGUGUACAAACAAAUCAAAAUUAUUCAUCGGUUAAAGUAUACAAACGCAGUCAAAGCAGUGGCCGGAAUAUCGAGCCAGCUAAUGAACCGGUUGAGCUAGAAGAAUUGAAAGAAAUUGAUUAUACCAAAACAACAAAUACUGAUAAAUGUACUGACAUUACAAAAGAUAAAAUCGCCGCUUCCUCUUCCACGCAAAAAAUUCACAGCAAGAGUAAAAGCAACGACGAAACCUCCAAAGACUUCUCAUCAUUGUACAAUAGUGAUAUAAAUGAUAAGUACAGAUACUAUUCUCCAUAUGUAAAUAAAAUAUCUAAGGAUACAUCUCAAAAAAGCGGUACGAAAAUAUGUCCUAGUGAAAUAGCAUCUGGUUGUGCUACUCUUGGACGUCCUCCUAGCGGCAGACUCUCGCCACCACCAUCCACAGAUUCUACCAUUAGACGACCAACACAACGCCGUAUAUCACGCUUAGUACGUCCAGAUUUCUUUGAGAUUCCACUUGAGGAGCUACCGGUGGACCUUAAUCAAAUACCAAACUCCGGAGAGAGUGAAACAGUUGUUACCGACGCUCCGUUGAAAUUAAAGAUAUCCCGGCACGUCCGCAAUAAGAGCGUUGAACUACUUUCAGAAUAUACUAAUAGUAAUACUUCAAAUCAGGAAGCUUUAAAAUAUAACCGUAGAAGUCUAUCGCGAUCAAGAGACUUGGAUGAAAAGAACAAAGUUGAUAAAAACCAGUUGGCCGAUAAAAUAUUGCAAGAACUUCAAAUACUAUCAACAAUACGAUCUCAUGAGGAGGAUGAGAUUCAUGAUACUAGUACUAAUGAUGAUGUUAUCAACGAAAAACCAAUAUCUACCAUUAAGAAAAUUAAAAAGGUUAAGACCAAAGAAAAGUCUACAGAAUCAUCUACUGAUGUCGAUUCCAAAAACACAAGCGUCGUCAUAAAAAAGGUGAAAAAAAUUGUCAAGAAAUCAGAAGCAUUAACUACUCCAGUGUCUAAAGAAAUAUCGAAUAGCGUAUUUGUCGAAAACAAUCACGACAAGUCCGCAAUAAUCUCUGAUAUUCCGUCUCCUAAGAAGGUGUCAAAACUUAAAAGACCAAAGUCAUAUCCAAUGAAGGAGUCCAUUUCUAAUGGUAAUACCUCAGAAAUAACCGCCACCAGUGCAGCAUUGGACACCAAUAGUCCUGCGACAACGGAACAUUCGCUCACAACUGGAAAUUCAAGCGUGACGGAAAUAAACAGUGCGGCCUGUAUUGCAGCACGUGAAAGUCGAUUAUUGCGACCCAAAAGUUAUCCCACUUCCAAACUGAUAGCACCGAAAGAAACUAAAACUACUAUACGUAAAAAAAUUAACACAAUAGAAGAAAACUCAACGCCCACAGCAUGCCAAAAACCCGAACCCCUUUCUCUGGGUACCAAAAUUGAAAAGAACCAACCCAAUACUUCUCCGGUUGUCGAUACAACAUCUUUAGUUGGAAAAAAGGUUGUAAAAGUUACAAAAAAAAAUAAAUUUUCUCAAUCUAGUAGUAUAAGCACGACGACUACAACAACUCCAAAUGCGACUUCAAGUACUGGAGAGGAGUCGAAAGAGUCUAGUCCUGUCUCUACCGUUCAGCUAAAAGGAAAAACGGGGGAGAAAAAAACCAAUAAAGGUUUGCUUUACGCCAUUGGCCAAAAAUUCGAAAAGCUUCGGGCUUCCGCAACAAGUAAUUCCUGUGCCAACAUACCAACUGAUAAAAAAUCAUCGCCAGAAAAACUCACAAAUAAAAUGUCAGAAGUGAAGAAAACAAAGUCGUUGGGUGGAGAUUCUAGCAUUAAAGUAACACAAUCAGGCAGUAAAGGCGUAGUUAAUACUGGAACGUGUCCAGAUAAUUGUAGUGCGGAAUCCGAGAGUGCGCCCAAACCUGUUAAGAAUGAAAAGCGUUCACGUAUCGAUGCAAUGAUUCGUAAUUUACGAGAACGUUCAGUUCCGCGAUUUCAACCAUCAGCCUCAUCAGAGUCGAAUUAUAUUCAGCGUGCAGUCAGUGUCGAAGAGAUGCCGGGUACUUUUAACAAAAAGUCCGUUAAUAAAGUAUUGGGCCUAUUUAAACGUUAUGAAAAAGAUGCCGCUCCAGAAAACCGGGUACGUAGUGUGCGUUCUAGUAGCAAUAUCAAAAGCGAUAUUUGUGAUUCAUCACCUAUUUAUCAAAAUGCCGAUGCAAUUCUUAAACUAAACGAAAAUAUUAAAAAAUCCACCAGCAGCAGUGGCGGUAUUAACAGUGAUUCAAAUAAUAUUAUUAAAAGUUGUAAGGGUGGAGGUGCAUGCAAUUGUCACAUAAUGAUGCCUUCAGCACCUGUGGACAUUUCUGCAUCUGCAAAUCCAGCAUGUCCAGACUGUUGUAAAAAAUCGUGUGAAACAAGACGCAACUUAGCAUCUGCAGAAGGUAAUCAGGAGAAACGGAAGGGUUUAAUGCUUGAACUGAUAAAACCCGAAAAACCACUUCAAAUUAAUACAAUACACAACAACAACAACCGUUCAUCAAAAAAAUACUCCUAUUUCAAUGAUAGCGAAGUCUAUUCCAACAUUUCACCAUACACUAAGUCUGUUCACAGUUCAUCUGGCAAUGGUUCUAAUAUUCUGUCUGCAGAAAAUUCCUCCAAUAACAAUAUUUCCUCUAUAAUUAAAAAAAGCAAUAGUAACAACAACAACAACAAUAACAAUCACUGUUCUUCACUGCAUACGUCUCAAACCUCCGGAUAUCGAACGUCGUCGACGCACGAAAUGAAUCAAAACAAUAAUUUACUGUCGCCCUCUUUUGAAAAUAUUGGAAACUGUUCAUCUGACUCUCGCAGCUAUCAAGAGGACUGCGCCUCUACAUCGACCUUUCUGUCUCCCACUGAGGAGGCAGAAUUAUGCUUUGACACCUGGUCUGUAUGCUCCGAAGACAAUUAUCGGGGACAAAGGGCAACACCAUCUCCUACUGUAUCCCAUCUGUCAAGAGCUUCGCAAGCCUCAUCUCCGACUCGAAGAGGAGGAGAUAGUUCCGAGGCUGGUGAAAGUGUUGUAGAUCGCAUUAAGCGACGUAGCUUCUACUGCAGAUUCAAUGAGAAAAAACCUAAACGAACUAGCAGUAUCGUGGGCCCCAAUGCUGUACGUGAAUACUACCGAGAACAAAGUUCAGCGUCCAAAACGCGAUCAUCAACUAAAAUUGCAACAAGUACUGGAGAACGCGAACACUCUCCGGAUAUAACACAGGAAUUUUUCCGCCCCCUUAAACUAAGUCCAAUCGGAACCGAACUUAAGCCACCUGUCUACAGAUCAUCAUUUAGUGGCACUCAUGACUACUCCUCAACCACUGGACGACCACGAAAAAGUCUAAAUGAUAUACGAACGCCCACUUCUCCUUCUUGCCUAUCUGAACGACGAUACGCUUCCUACGCCAAUCCAGAAGCCAACGAAUUACUUACUAACACUUCCUCCGUCUUCCCAUCGCGAUAUAAAGGAAGCACCUAUGAUGAAGCCUCCAGAUCGGGAGGUGGUGCUUCCAAUACUUACUACAACACCUAUAAUCCAAAACGUCGUUUCUCAUUUACCACCCAUACCGGUAUAUCAUCAAGUGGAAUUGGUUCCCAUGCCAGUCCUCAAGUAGAUGGAUAUGCAACUAUGGGAAGGAGACCAAUUCGUGCCUAUGAACAUCGAACAUUGUCACUUUUAGAUCCACCCAACACGAAUUCAACAUACCGACAUGAUACCAACACAUCGUCGUCUGUACGUGACUAUACAUCAAGCUUAUCCAGAUCAAAUUCCCGUUACCGUAAAUCAUCCACACCGCGCAGCCCUACAAACAUUUGAUGCACGACACCACAAAAUGGAUUUUGUAUAUUCUGCUACUACGCCCAAGAAAAGCGACGCAUGUAUCCUGGCUCAUCAUCGACUUCAUCCAAAAGUAGUAUAGGUAAAAAACGCAAUCAAGCUUUAUGCUCAAAUGAAAUCAGACAACGUACUCGUAGAUUCUAAGUUUAUAUAUAUUUAAGAACUUACUUACAUACAUAAAUAUUAUUAAUUUACAUGCAUAUACCCCAAAAAAUAUGUACAUUUUACAUAGUAGAUACAUUUGUAUAUUGUUAUUUGGCUGAUACUGAAUACAUAUGUAUGUAUGUACAUCCGUCACAUUUUAUUGAUUUAAUAUGCAUUUGAAAGAUAAUUGUGUCCUCUUUAGACUACAUACAUACAUAAAUAAACAAAAUAUUUGUUUUCAAAAAAUGCAUUCCUGAUGCAAAUGCAAUUUUUACAUGCACUUUAUGAAAUGUUAUCCACGAAAAAUUUAAAUAAUCAUAAAAUCGUUAUGUGACGGGAAGUUCUACUAUUUUUUUUAUAUAUUUAACACCAACACUUUUCUUCAUACCAAAAGCGAUUUAUUUAAAAAACAUAUACAUAUGUACAUACACAUAGCGAAAAAAUGAACACAUCCGUGUACGAUUUGGCACCAUUCGGUAUGUCCCAGCAAAAACUUUACUUACAAAUGAGCCGAAAAAUAAGGGGAAUUUGACGAUUUUUGUUCGCGACGUCCCAAAAGUAAUCCUUUGUUAGUAGAGUUAUUUAUAGAAUUUUGUAUUUGUAAUCAAAAAAUAAAAAAAAAAAUAAGUCGCUACUUAAAAAGUAAGUUAUUAAAAAAGACAUUACUUGCAGCUUUGUAAGCGAAUUUUUUGCUGGGGUGUACAAAUUGUACACGAACGGUAUCAAUUUGACAACGAACAAAUUACACCAUUCCGUUGCAGAAUUGACACCAUCCGUGUACGAUUUUAUAACAGACCGUUGACAAUUUGGCACCGUUCGUGUACGAUUUGACACCAGACCGUUGUCAAUUUAAUACCGCACUGUUGUCAAUUUGACACCAUACGUUGUCGAUUUGAUACCGCUCGUGUACUAUUCGGUAAUUAAAAUAAAUAAUAAUUUAUUUAUUUUUUACACGUAUUUUUAAAUACAAUAAGAAUAAAUAAUUAAAUAUAAAAUAUGUACAUACUACAUACAUACUUAUAAAAAAUUCUAUGUUUAAAUGUGGCAAAACAUUGGUGUUCAUUGUCGGAAUUCCUGUGUGUGAAAUUUCAAAUAGCAUCCCUAAGGUGGCACUGCUUCCUUAUGUCCCCUUUUUAAAAAAUAAAACAAAUA